AUGUCUCACAACAACACGAGCGUGUUCUUGUUCACGGUGCAAGGCAUAUUGGCAUCACUGACAUGUGGACUGUGCUGUUUAAUAUAUGCCUACUGUUGCAACAGUAGAAAUGAAGGAAAUAGGAAUAAAAGAACUAUAUCGAAGGUAAACGGGGAUACGUACGCUGAGAGGGCAACCACUGCCUUCAAAAAAAGUAAGGUCGAGAAAGAAGCGGCAAGUAAAAGUAUCCAUCAAGAUGAGGUGACUCACGUAGCAAAGGGCGUAGAUAGGGAAAACAAUAUAAAAUCAGAUAGGAAGCAGCCCAAAUCUGCUAAGGCGAGUGCAGAAUGCAACAGGGAGGGCACCUCCCCACAGAAGGAAUCCAUCCAAGAAAAUUAUUGUCACAGAAGAGAGAGUAAGAUGGAUUCUGGUCUAUCCAAUCAGAAGAACGGGCAAAUGGAUAAAGUAAAUGGUAUGGAAGCAAGGUUAAGUGGAAGCAACUGUGAAGGAAUGUCUCUAAACAUGAAAAAUGUAAACGAAUAUAAGGAUAGACACUUCGUAGGUAUAAUUCCCAGGAAUAAUUCCUUAUCGUAUGAUGGCCGUAUAACAGAAAAAAAUGGAAAGUGUGAAAAUUUACAUAAUGUAUUAGCAGCUAGAAGUGGCAUGCCCCUAAAUUGGAGCAAUGAAAGUAAGGAGAUGUUCCAGAGUAAUUCGGAAUAUAUGAUCAAAAUGGUUGCGCCCCAAAAUAGAUGCCAGCUAAGAAGUGGCGGAGAACAAAAUGAGCCACUGACAAUGUCCAAUGAGUGUAGGAACGACUUUAAUCCACAGAGUGUAAACUCAUAUAUAUCGUCCAAUGAUUGUGGUAGAGAAGAUAACAACAGAAUUUUGAAAACAAUGCAGCCCGGGGAAAAGAACCUAGUAAGAAGGAACAACCAUAUGGGUAUUACGAUCAACAGGGUUGAAGCAAAAAAUAAAGACAUGUGUGGCUUUACACAGAAAGACGAUUCUCAGGUGGCCACAGAAAGGGCAAACCGCCAUGCCUAUAGCAAGAACUUUCUGGACAGACAAAUGGUGCACUACCCCAAGGAAGAAAUUUUCAGAGUCAAGUCGGAGACGUUGAUUCGGAACUAUCCGGGGCACGGUGGCGCCAGCACAAGUGCGCAGAAAAGUAUGAACAUAAAUGGCUCAAAAGGGAACGCAGAAGGAAGCAAAUAUUGCCAAGAGAGGCACGCAGAAAGAAGGAAGUAUUGCCCAGAAGAGCCCUCAACGAGACGCAGAAACUGCCUAGAAACACAAAACCAUUUUUCACACCCCACAAUGAACGGUUGUGAAGAUUUUGAAGACAAAAACAAAUGCAGGAACCCACAAUAUAUCAACAAUUAUACUCCCUCGAAAUGGAUGAACUUCCCGCAUGAUGAAGAAAGCACGAAUAGGGUAUUUGUAAAAUGUGAAAAAGAUAUGCUGCACACUUUGGAUAAUUAUGUGCCCAAUAGGAGGAAAUUUCCAGGUGUAGAAAGGAACAGCAACCCAGUCCCAGUGAUCCAGAAGGAGCAUACGCACACAGGUUCAUCAGAAUACAACACAUAUAAGUACAAGGAUUUUUCCAUGUGUGAUACUCUUUAUAGGAAGAGGCAACCAUCACAUCAUAUGUCACAUUUCAAUAAUGGGAAGGAAAUUAAAAAUAUUAUUGAAAAUAGGAGAGAAGAAGAAGCAGGUGCUCUGUCAUACGGUAAAGACAAGGCGACUUGCGACAUGCACUCUGUUAGUAACAAUGUUGGAGAAAGUACCGUUUGGAUUCCUAAUGUUGGCCAUUACCAUGGAGGGAUGAAUCAUCAUCUGUCAAAUGGUAUGUCCACAAAUUUUAUAAAUGGAGAAAGAACCGUAAGUGCAGCCUCCUCAUAUGGAUUAGCUUAUAACGAAAGUCGUCAUGCUAAUGGAGGUGAAGGAGAGGGGACACCCCCAAAAGGAAGUUUUCCCCGUCUGGGCCGCUUUACAAAUGAGAAAUAUUUUGCAUCCAAAGGGAGAAGGACAGAUCGGGAGGGAGAAACUUCCCAGACGAAUAGGAAAAACCAAAGUGGCAACAAUGGUAGAUGUAAUGACAUCUGUAGUAACCGCAUCAGAAAUGAGAAUAACGAUGAAAAGGAUCGCAUAACAGAAGGCAGGUAUUACACCAGGGGGAAAAGCAAAGACAGCAGCACCAACAGAAGAAACGUUCAAAGCAUGGUCGAUGCAGUUGAAAUGACCAAUAGGGUACCCAGAAACAGUUACAUCCACCAGAACAAAACGAAAAGAGAUGUUAUGAACUGUGCACAUUAUUCCCCUUUAAAUGAAGGAAAAAUGGAAAAUAGAAAAAAAAAAAAUUACUACCAAUUCCCACAUGACUAUCACAUGGGCACCACUGAAUGUCUACCAUGUAAAGAAGGAACACAUAUAUGCAAAAAUAGUAAAUGUUCCUCUGUUGGAAUUUGUGAAAAACAGAAAAAUAAGGAAGAAAAGAAUAUAUACUUAAAAAGGGGCUUUCCAGAGGAGCACUUCUGCUUACCUAACUGCAAUAGCAGGAGUUGGUACCCGCACUGCACAGAAAAGAUAAGUGGCAACAAUGAAUCCUUUUUCCACUCAAAUAAAUUUGAGAAGAACACUCAGGUGAGUGACAUUAAUGAAAACUUUUCACAACAUAUUUCGUACAAUGCACAUCCAUUCAUUGGGGCCAAAGGGCUUGGACAAGGGGGAGGUGCGAAAGUGGUAAGGAGGAGUGAACUGAGCGAGGAUAUUUACCCCUUAACAGAUGACAACGCUGAUUACGAUGGGGCGGAAAGCAGUCGCAGAGGGGGCAACAGAAGUGGUAAUACAAGCGGAGUUCGAAGCAGAAAUAUAAGAAGCCUCCUCCUCAGUGACAGAAUAAACUUGGGCGAACGAUACCCCAAUGACGAACAAAAGGCAAUCCUCAACAAAAGGGGCGAAGAGAUACCCCCUGUCCCAGUUCGCAACGAUGAAGUAGCAAAUGGAAGAAAACGCAGAAAGAAGGAUACCAAAAAAAGAGGAACCAACUCCAAAGAAGAAAGGGAUAACCAGUCUAACACACCACUAUUGACAAAAGAAAACGCACGAAAGUUAAGGCAAACGGAACCAAGUGAGUACAGGAAUAGCCAAGAGAUUAACCAAAUAAUACAUGCCUAUUUGCAAAACUCGAAUCAAGAAUAUAAUUGUUGUAGGUCAGAUAAAUUGGAGAGAGAAAAUAAUUACGUGUCAGAUAAGUACACCGAGGAUGUAAUGCAUUCGCAUGGGGAUGUGAGCCCAAGCAUAAAGCGCAAAAAGAAGAAUUCAAACGAUAACAUACGUUAUAACUCCUGUCGCACAAAGGUGCUUGGCAAUAGAAAAGGGAAAAAUGGAAGGGAUAAAGAUGUGAGUGUUACCGAAGGGGAAAUAAUGAACAGUAAGAGAUCCUCUGAACCAGGGAGCAUACCGAAGAAGAAUGAACAGACCGACCAAGAGGAAAAGCUAGUGGAGGAGGACACCUCAACCUGUAUAGAUCGAAUUAAAAUUAGAAACAUACGCAUGAAACGCGAAAAAAGUGACAGCAAGGUGCUUAUUAAGGAGGAAAAAGACCUCCGCAAUGAAAACCAAACGGUAAGGAGAAGCGCCAGAAUGAAGAGCGAAAAAUAUAAAAAAAAAAAAAAAAACAUUGACAGCGAUAUUUUUGUAGAUACCCAAAAUGAGCAGGAAGAGAUGCAAAGUGAGAGUAGUAAAAAAAAUUCAAACAUUGCAAAUAACGAUAACAUCAAACUGAUGGAGAAAAAAAAAAAAAAAAAAAUGUCCAAAACUAAAACGAUGGAAUUAAAAAUAUUCAAAAAUAAAAGAGCAUUAAAAGAAAAAGAAAAUUUAAAAAGGAUGAAUGAAAAAUAUGAAGAGAUUGAUGAAUACAGAUGUGCAUCAGGAUUAGUAAACUUCAUAAUUGAAAAUAUACAAAAAAAAAAAGACAAGGAAAAUUUUGAUGAUUUAUUAAAAUAUAUUUUAAAAUUAAUAAAUAUUUACAAAAUAAAAACCAUAGAUUUUGUAGAAGCCUUUUUGCUACUUGAAACAAUCAAUGUUAACAUAAUCACGGAGUACCCAAUUGAGGAGUGGAUUUUGGUAACCUUUCAUUUCCUUAAAGGAAAUACAACAGAACAAAAUUUUAAUUUAAUUAUUAAAUCACUAAAUUUAAACAAUUUACUGAUUGGCAAUGUUACAGCUUCCUUUUAUAUGAACAAAAAGACUAUAAAAAUGACGGAAAAAAAUAUGAACAGAAUUCUUACCAUUUUAUCAAAAGUUGUGCGCAGGAGAUCCUCCAGGAUUAAAACGUCUAACCAACCGAAAUUGGAUAAGAAGACCAAGGAGGAUCAUCAGAACGAUGCGCUCUUAGGUUCUUGCUGGCAGCCCGUUGAGGCAGGCACGGAGGGGAAGUAG